CUGUGAUUGUUGUUUCAAGAAGGAAUUAGCAAUGUAUUUUCCAAUUUUAGAAUAGUGUAAAUUUUGAAGAAAUAGAAAUUCGAAAUGAUUGAAUCUUGCACAAAGAAGCGAAUGUUGCUAGGUAUUACAUUUUUAGGAGGAUUAACGGUUUUAGCGUUAAUUAUCGAAAGUCACUGGACAGAUAGUUCAAACAAACUUUACAUUGACAGUUUCGAAAAUAAUUCUUCUUGCAUCUCGGGUGAAAAAUAUGAGGUGAUUUCCGAAUGUCAUCCAUGUACAGCCUUUGAGAUUGCAAGCGAAAGCAUUGGUGUUUGUGUUUAUGCGAGAUAUAAGGAAGUGCUGAAGUGUAAAAGUGGAGAAACAAUAACAAGAAGUUGCGACAAAGUAGCUUGGCUGGAAGAAAGAGCAUUUUGGAAGUUUGAAGGGUUUAUGUUUAUUCUGGCAGUUAUUUCUUGUUUUAGUAUACAUUGGAGACAGAAUAUAAUAAGGCAAAGAAUAAUAAGGAAGUUUUGCUACUUUCCUUAGAAAAAUAGCAAACAAUUAAGGAUUAAUGUGUUCCUGCUUGAUGGCCUGUUCUGAAGCAAGCGUGUGGACUAAAUUUUGUGAAAUUGAUUUGAUUUUAAGUCUAAAGUCUU